AUGAACAUGCAAGGGAAGGGGAUACGCAACGUUAGUAGGAUCAAAGAUGCGACGGUAUCUGUCGAUAAAGGAGGGGUAAUGAGGAUAUUCCUCAUCUGGCCCCCAACCCCGGCGCAAAACCUCAGCCAGUCACUGAAGCUGGUGACGCUGGAAGCAGAGAAACCCCUGGACCAGCACACAAUUGCAAAGUCAAUUGCUGUUCCACCUACGCAAUUACGUGCAUCAAAACUCCUUUGUCGCGAAAGCCAGCAGGGUAUCCGCGGGCGGCUGGAAAACUCUAAAAUCCCACCUUCCCUUCCUCAGAGCGGAAGUAAAGACGACGGUACUCAGGGUAGUCGCUUGGAGAUAAUAUAUAAGAUUGACUAG